CUCUGGUUUCCAUGGUGAUGGGGUAAACAGUCUCGCCCAUUGCCACCCCCUGCCAACGACCGGUAUGGAUGACUCUCUGGGUUCUGGGGAGCCCGGCCACCUCCGGUCUUCGGCCCCUCUGGCCCCCGACGGAAAAGUGACGGUCGGUGGGGCGGCGGGAAGGGGAGAUGAAGAAGAGCAAGAGGCGGCGAGGGCCGAGUGGAGAGGCGCCGGUCGGCCCGCCACAGAGCCGCUCCCUUUCCCGGAUAUUUACGGGGGCGACCCGCAGAUGUGGGAGGCCCAUUUCCGAGGGAUCCAUCGGGCCUACCAGAUCCUGGGCAAGGAGGAGGACCUGGCCAUCCGCGUGCUGACCGAAGACUUCACCCUGCCCUUCCCGUACACCUGGCCCCCCGGCCCCGACACCACCCGGGAAACCCUGUUCUACGACCCGCAGGACCGCACCGACUACGACUUCCUCCUGCGGCCCGGGGCCCAGCCUCCCGCCCUGCUGCGCCCGCUCCACGCCACGGCCCAGGCCUUCAUCCGCAAGCGCCAACUGGAGCAGCUGGCGCUGGGCAACGUGGGGGCGCCCGGUGCGGGCCCUGGGCCGGAGGCCGCCGCCCCGGAGCCAGAGUCCCGGGAGGAGAGCGACUACUGCGGCCCGGAGACGUCCGAGGAGGAAGAAGGCUGGGAGACGGAUGACCCGCAGCAGGACUAAAGGGUCCGACCGACCCAGCAACCAGCUCAAUUCUCCUUCUGCCUCAUCUCGGCAUAAUAAAGAUUUUAUGACUUUA